AUGCUCCAUGUCCAUCAGGCCCCCGACCCCCAAUACACUGAGAGUGUUCAAAUUAACAUUAUUAUUAUUUAUAUUUUUGCAAAAUCCCCAUUGGAUCCCUGUCCUUUUCAUAUGUUAAUGAUCAUAUCAUGGUCUUGGGUAAAACUGGCUCUCAGAAUGUUUCAACGUGACCACUCUGCAACCUCUGCAAGCUAACUUCACACUCUCCUCUGGUUUUGCAGAAAAGAAGAAGAAAAAGAUGAAUUUUUAUCUGAAAAAUCAUCAAAACUUGCUGAUAAAGUUGCACUCUUUCAGAAGCUGAUUCAAUUUGGGAAGUGGGUUUGUGAUUUAUCUGGUAUUGGUGGUGGUUUUGUGUGAGAAUGAACGUGGAUAAGAUUGAAGAGAGCAGUGUGAGGUUGUUGGGUAGAAGCAGCAGCAGUGGUGGAAGCAGUGAGUCAAGGUGGGUUGAUGGCAAUGAAGUUGACUGGGAUGAGGCUCCUAUGUGGUCUAAGCAUGACGGUAGAGAAGGGUAUGGAUCAAUUAGGAGGAGGCUUGUCAAGAAGCCCAAGAGAGUUGAUUCAUUUGAUGUUGAAGCCGUGGAGAUUGCUGGAACACAUGGUCCUCACUCCAAGGACCUUUCCCUCUGGCCCACUCUUGUAUUGGCAUUUAAGACUCUUGGCGUAGUAUAUGGUGAUAUGGGAACAAGUCCUCUAUAUGUUUUUGCUGAUGUCUUCAGCAAGGUUCCAAUUGGAUCAGAUGCUGAUGUCUUGGGGGCAUUAUCGUUAGUAAUGUACACAAUAGCACUUAUUCCAUUAGCAAAAUAUGUUUUUAUAGUCCUCAAAGCAAAUGAUAAUGGAGAAGGAGGAACAUUUGCACUAUACUCACUAAUUUGCAGGUAUGCAAAUGUGAAUCUGCUUCCAAAUCGCCAACAAGCUGAUGAACAUAUCUCUAGUUUUAAGCUCAAACUGCCUACUCCAGAACUGGAAAGGGCUUUAAAGAUAAAGGAGACUUUGGAAAAGACAUCAACUUUGAAAAAUGUGUUAUUAGUGUUGGUUCUUCUGGGGACUUCCAUGAUUAUUGGGGAUGGUAUUCUUACACCGGCAAUAUCAGUGAUGUCUGCCAUAAGUGGUCUACAGGAUCAAAUAAAUGGAUUUGGUACUGGUGAAGUGGUUUGUGUUUCUAUCGUAGUCCUCUUGGCUUUGUUCAGCAUACAACGGUUUGGUACCAGUAAAGUGGGUUUCAUGUUUGCCCCUGUAAUUGCAUUAUGGUUCUUUUCUCUGGGUUCUAUUGGAAUAUAUAAUAUACUUACAUAUGAUAUCACUGUUCUGAGAGCAUUCAAUCCAGCUUAUAUCUACUAUUUCUUCAAGAAUAAUGGCAAAGGUGCAUGGUCAGCUCUUGGGGGUUGUGUUCUGUGCAUUACAGGCGCAGAAGCAAUGUUUGCAGAUCUAGGUCAUUUUUCUGUACCAGCAAUACAGAUUGCCUUCACUUGUGUUGUAUUCCCCUGUCUCCUCCUUGCUUAUAUGGGCCAAGCUGCUUUUUUGAUGAAGAAUCCUGCUUCUUAUUCCAGCAUUUUCUACAAAUCUGUUCCAGAGUCUCUCUUCUGGCCUGUGUUUGUUAUAGCCACACUUGCUGCUAUGAUUGCCAGCCAAGCAAUGAUAUCUGCUACAUUUUCAUGCGUAAAGCAAGCUAUGGCUUUGGGAUGCUUCCCCAGGCUCAAGAUAAUUCACACCUCAAAAAAGUUCAUGGGUCAAAUUUACAUACCCAUAAUUAACUGGUUUCUGAUGAUCAUGUGCAUAGUUGUGGUUUCUAUCUUCCAAAGCACUACUGAUAUUGCAAAUGCAUAUGGUAUUGCCGAAGUAGGUGUCAUGAUGGUUAGCACCACCUUGGUGACCAUUGUAAUGCUUUUAAUUUGGCAGACUAACUUGUUUUUGGCACUUUGUUUCCCUCUUCUAUUUGGUUCAGUGGAGCUAAUUUACAUGUCUUCUGUCCUAUCCAAAAUCACUGAGGGUGGCUGGCUUCCACUUGCCUUUGCUACCUUCUUCCUCUCUGUGAUGUACAUAUGGAACUAUGGUAGUGUAUUGAAGUACCGAAGUGAAGUUAGAGAGAAGUUUUCAGUGGACUUGAUGCUUGAUCUUGGCUUCAAUCUAGGAACUGUAAGAGUGCCAGGAAUAGGAUUGCUAUACAAUGAGCUUGUCCAAGGCAUUCCCUCCAUUUUUUUACAGUUCCUGCUGAACCUUCCAGCUCUUCACUCAACCAUAGUUUUUGUCUGCAUUAAAUAUGUCCCAAUCCCAGUAGUUCCUCAAGAGGAAAGGUUUCUAUUCCGACGAGUUUGCCCCAAAGAUUACCAUAUAUUUCGCUGUGUUGCAAGGUAUGGUUACAAAGAUGUAAGGAAGGAAGAUCACCAUGCAUUUGAGCAACUUCUUAUUGAAAGUCUAGAGAAAUUCUUGAGAAGGGAAGCUCAAGAAACUGCCUUGGAGUUGCAGGGAAACUUAAGCGAUGACAUGGACAAUGUCUCAGUGCAUACAAGGGAUUCUGAUCUUCCUACUGCGGAUGACGAGCUUAGAAUUCCACUGAUGCAUGGUAAAAAACUAGAAGCAACAGGAACUUCUUCUACCCCUCAAGAAGCUGCAUCAACAUUGCCAUCUAGUUACAUGUCAUCAGAUGAAGAUCCCAGUCUUGAAUAUGAGCUUGCAGCCCUUAGAGAAGCAAUGGAAUCAGGGUGCACCUAUUUGCUUGGACAUGGUGAUGUGAGGGCAAAGAAGAACUCUUUUUUCAUUAAGAAAUUGGUGAUAAAUUAUUUCUAUGCAUUUCUCAGAAAGAACUGCAGAGGAGGCACUGCAAACAUGAGAGUGCCUCACACCAAUAUCAUUCAAGUGGGAAUGACAUAUAUGGUAUGACAGCCAUAUUCUUUCUGAUAAUUAUGCAAAAUGCAAACUUUGUCUGGAAUAUGUUAUUAAUAGUGCUAUUUUUCUUUUCUUCCAUGUUUUAUGCUGGCUCAGAAAUUGUAAUUUAUCUUUAGAACACACUUGGCUUGUGAGUUGUGUUGCACAUUACCAAAGUGAUGGAGCCAACUUGCUUCAUGCAUGAAAUUGUUUUAGAAUUGUACUUGUGUAGUUGUUUCAUUUUUCAACGCAUAAUGUAUUGUAAAGAUUCAUAAAUAUGUGAUCCGAAAUGGUUUUGAAUGAUAUUUUGUUUUUAGUCAC